GCCGACAACCAGGCCUCUGCCAAGGAGAAGUUGGUCGAGAUCAAGGAGAGGUACGGCAAGGAGGACGGAACCUUCGACCUCGAGGGUAUGGAUGACGUUGAUGAUUUUGAUGACUUGGAGGAUAGCGAAGAUGAACCCGAAUCUUGAUUUUAAAUUUUUCAGAUCUAAAAUGAUUCUUCUUUUUCCAGUCAGAGUGUCUAGAACAGUCUGUUCUUAUACACAGAUAUAUUUUCUACACACAAGUGCAAGCAUAGGUUCCUCUAAGACAGUGAACAAGAAGUACUCAGAUACAAUUUGUUUACCAAAAACCGGUUUCCCUGGUAGAUUGGAGGGGAAGAAGAGGGUGGAGAGGGAUUUAGAGAUAGUUCACAACUGCAAGUUCAAUAAGAUGUAUGACUGGCAGAGAGAGAACAGAUCUGGAACUGAAUAUGUACUGCAUGAUGGUCCUCCCUAUGCUAACGGACCACCCCAUAUCGGUCACGCGGUCAAUAAAAUUCUUAAAGAUAUAACUAUCAGAUAUAAAUGCAGCCAGGGCCAUAAAAUUAAUUAUAUUACUGGAUGGGACUGUCAUGGUCUUCCUAUUGAACUCAAAGCUGUGAAAGGUGGGAAAAAUCUUACACCGAUAAAAAUCCGCGAAAUCGCCGGAAAAUUCGCAAACGAUUCCUUAAACUUUCAGAAAACUGAGUUUUCCAAGUGGGGGAUUCUAUCGAAUUGGAACAACUUCUAUCGAACAAUGGAUGCAGAGUAUGUUAAAACACAGAUAAAAACAUUUAAUUCAAUUCAUCAGAAAGGUUUAAUAUUCCGUGAUUAUAUGCCAGUUUACUGGUCUCCAUCCUCUAAAACUGCCUUGGCGGAGGCCGAACUUGAAUACAAUCCAGCGCAUGUAAGCACCUCAAUCUACCUCAGGUUCAAACUGAGCAAAUUGUCAGAAAAGUUGCGAAGUUUUCAUGCUCAAGAAGUUUAUGCAUUAAUAUGGACAACAACACCUUGGAGUAUUGUAGCAAAUCAGGCUAUUUGUUACAAUGAAAAAGAAGCGUAUUCUGUUCUACAACAUGGAAUUAGUUUAUAUAUUGUAGCAAGCAAGCUAGUCAAAGAAAACAAUAUAUCCCUUGCUCUGCCCGGCGCAAAAAUAAUCACUGAACUGCGCGGAGACGAGUUGGCCGACUGUGAGUACACGCAUCCUUUAUACCCUGGAGAACUUCGUAGAUUUCUACCUGGUGAUCACGUGACCAGCAGCAGUGGAACUGGAUUAGUUCAUACAGCACCUGCACAUGGACCAGACGAUUUCAAGAUUGGGUUGGCACACAACCUCCCCCUUGGCUGCUUGGUGGAUGAAGAUGGAAAAUAUAUUGAAUCUGUGGGAUCCAACCUUGCUGGACUUUUCAUAAUGGGUGAUGGUACAAAGAAGGUUCUAGAUCUACUUGCCUCCGAUAUCCUUCUGCAGCAGCAGUACACCCACUCCUACCCCUACGACUGGAGGACCAAGAAACCCGUCUUCCUCCGAGCCUCUAAGCAGUGGUUCGUUAACACCAACAUGUUGAAGGAGAAGGCCCUGGAGGCGGUGAAGAAGGUGAAGAUACAACCUGCCUCAGCUGUCAAAAGUUUUCAGAUAGUUAUCGAGAAGCGUCCAUAUUGGUGCAUUUCAAGACAGCGUGUGUGGGGAACCCCUAUUCCAGUUAUUUAUGACAAAAAGACAGAUUCACCGGUGGUCAAUGACAAGUUGAUAGAUAGAUAUUGUGCUCUGGUGGACUCUAAUGGACCUGGCUUUUGGUGGACCAUGGAUAUCAAAGAUAUACUGGAAGGUACUGGGUUAGAUCCCGAGCAGUUCAGGUUAGGGGCAGAUAUCCUCGAUAUAUGGUUUGACAGUGGAGUAUCCUGGGCGGCUGUUCUGGGAGAUAAAACAGCUGAUUUGUACCUGGAGGGAUUAGACCAGUAUUCAGGUUGGUUCUAUACAUCCCUGCUUACCAGUGUUGCACUCAGGGGGGAGGCUCCAUAUAAGGAAAUAUCUGUUCAUGGGUUCACUUUGGAUGAAGAAGGAAACAAGAUGUCAAAAUCUGUGGGCAAUGUGUUGGCUCCCAAAGAUGUCAUCGAAGGUACCAAAAAGAAGCCAGCAUUAGGAGUUGAUGUUCUUAGAUGGUGGGUUGGAUUACAUGCUUCCACUGGAUCCUCAGUCCUUGUCGGAAAUAACAUAAUGGCGGCCUCACAAUCAGAACUUAACAAAAUUAGAAAUAGUCUUAGGUUCUUUCUUGGUAUGCUGAGUAAUGUUGAACCCUGUGAUUUACUGGAAUACAAAGAUCUCAAUCUUAUUGAUAAAAUUCUGCUUCAUAAACUUGCCUUGUUUCAGGAAAAGGUUCAUAAUCAUUAUGAGGCGAAGGAAUAUAACAAGGUAAAAACGUAUCUUAAUACUUUUAAUUUGGAUAGAUUUUUCAAAAUUUAUAAUCUAAAAAUCGAAAUCAUGAUAAUAAGUAAAAUAUGGUAUAUAUUAUACACAGUGUUCAAUAAUCACUACAGAUCAAUUUCAAUUUUUUUAUUUUAUUUUUUUAUAUUUCAAAAUAUNUGUAGAUUAUACUGUGAUGCAGAGAAAAGUUUUUCCAGACUGUCCGGUCUUACUAGUCUUUACUUAGCUUGCCAGGGAUUUUUAGGAGUUCUUAGUCCAAUAGUUCCACAUUUAGCAGAGGAAGCAGCAUAUACAGUAAGUGUAUUGAAAAGCCCCACAGAGGUUGGUUGGUUUACUGAUCAGCAGUGGUUAAACAAUGAUCUACAAAAAUGUAUUGAUAUCAUUGAGGAUCUGAGAGAGGAAAUAAACAAAACCUUUAACAAGUCUGGAGAUAUGAGAAUAAAUCUAAAGUUACCUGGUGAUGAGCUUGCUGUAUUGUCCCAGUAUCCUGUAGAACAGAUAGCUGAGAUACUAGGUGUACUCACAGUUCAUCUUACACCUACUCAGAAACAGGAAGUGUGCGUGAUCGAAAACUCAAGUGCUCGGUGUGCUCGCUGUAGACGACUUUGUGCAGAUGCUGGCCAAGAUUUGUGCACACGAUGUAGUUCUGUUCUCAGUCUAUAAACCUAGUCUUAAGAAAACUUUUUUAUAACAAUUAAUUUAAUAAUAAAUUUAGAGCCUUUUAUCAAAA